GGAAAUUUCCACUUCUAUUUUUAUUCUCCCUCUCUCUCAUUGACGUAAAACAGCAAACCACAACUUGAAGAGGAGAUUGCACAACUUAGUCAUCAUCAUAUCAUGUCUUCUUCUAGCUAGUUGCUAUGUUGAGUCCGAGUAACAUAUUUGUUCCUUGAUAAUAACGCCUUCUAUGGAGUUCCCGGAUCGCAUCAGUUUCCGGGAAAUGGAAUCUCGGGAUCGUGAAACCUCGCUGAUUUUUGCCGCUGGAGAAUCUAUCAGCACUUCUUGGCAAAAGGGUCAACUUCUGGGACGAGGAUCAUUUGGCUCUGUGUAUGAAGCCGUUUCAGCAGAUGGGGACUUCUUUGCUGUCAAGGAAGUUUCACUUUUUGAUUUAGGAAGUAAUGAACAAGAAUGCAUUCAUCAUGAACUUGAAGCGGAUAUUGCACUACUUAGUCAGUCUUCUUCUAGUUCCUCCGUUGAUUCCAACUCGACUUCUUCCUUUCUGACGCCCUCUCAAAUGGAUUUGAGUCAAGCAGGUCAUAGUGGUGGUGUUGCGAAUUGGGAAAAUACUAAAUCGACACGUUCCGAGUCUAUUGAUAUUAGAAAGUUUAGCAAUGUUCUAGUCACGUCUUGGCUUAAGGGUGAGCCUCUGGGACAAGAAUCAUUUUGCUCUGUGUAUGAACACCUUGAGCAGGAAAUUGCACUACUUAAUCAGCUUCAGCAUAAGAAUAUUGUGCGAUAUCGUGGCACAGCCAAGGACGGGUCGAAGUUUUACAUCUUUCUUGAGCUUGUAACCAAAUGGUCUCUUCUAAACCUUUACCAACGUUACCCGCUUCUGGACUCUGUAGUCUCCAAUUACACCAGACAGAUUCUUGAUGGUUUGAUAUCUCUCCACGAUAAAGGUUUUAUUCACAGGGACAUCAACUGUGCAAAUAUACUGGUGGACGCUAAUGGCGACGUCAAACUUGCAGAUAUCGGAUUGGCAAAGGAGUCAAAGUUAAACGACAUUAAGUCCUGCAAGGGAACUUCAGUUUGGAUGGCUCCGGAGGUUAUUAACACCAAGCCUAAUGAUGGGUAUGGAAGUCCAGCUGAUAUAUGGAGCCUUGGAUGCACUGUGUUGGAAAUGUUGACUGGUCAGAUCCUUUACUCCGAUCUAGAACCCCUUGCAGCCCUGUUUAAGAUCGCAAGGGGUACGCUUCCGGAAUUACCUGAUACUCUAUCCCAAGACACUCUUGAUUUCAUACUUAAAUGUCUCAAAGUGAACCCGGAUGAGCGACCAACUGCAGCUGAACUGCUGAACCAUCCAUUUGUGAGAAGGCCCUUACCAUCAUUGGGCUCAGGAGGAACAUUAAUGUCCUAAUGUAAAAAAAUAGGUAAUAGAAAUAGUUGGUUCUUAAUAUAGCUCCUGCUUGUUGUAUUUUUUGUCUCAUCUUAUACAGCUCCACUUCAUUCAAAAGUAUGGUAAAAACAUUUAUUUUUGAUUCUGGUCAAAGACACUUUCAUUGAA